AUGACAUAAUAAACUCGUAAGUCUGUUUUAGAACUGAUUUAAAAGCUUACCCUUUCAGAAAAAUGUCAGGGAUAAUGUCUUCUAGAAUUCAAAUGAUGAGAAGAGUUCUACCAAUAGUAGCUCGGAGAUUUGUAUCCACUUCCAAAAAGAAUAAUGUUACAGCAGAAGUAGUAGACAGUGCAAAAUCUAAAGCAAAAGCUUCAGAACAAAGCUGGAUAAGUUACGGGUAUGAGUACACGUCGAAAAAAGAUGACCGAAAUGCCAUGCAUUCAAUUAUGUUUGCCUCAGUCACCCUAUGUAUAGUUCUGGGAUCAUUCUUCUUUGCCUAUAUGCCAGACUUUAGUUUAAGGGAUUGGGCACAAAGAGAAGCCUUUUUGGAGCUGCGUAGGAGGGAAGAACAAGGGCUACCACCCGUCGAUGCUAAUUUUAUAGAUCCAUCAAAAAUUACUUUGCCCUCAGAUGAAGAAUUGGAAGGUGUAGAAAUAAUUAUUUAAAUAUUUUCAAGAACUGUAUAAAUUGUAUAUUUAUGAAGGAUGUCAGUGUAAUUUUGGUUUGGAAAUUAUGUAUCUACAGACUUUUAUAAUAGGUACUAAUAGUAUGUUUCAAUCCAUAAUAAAAGUAU